AUUUACCAGUACAUCCAGUCUCGGUUCUACCGGUCGCCCGAGGUCCUCCUGGGCAUCCCCUACGACCUGGCCAUCGACAUGUGGAGUCUGGGCUGUAUCCUGGUGGAGAUGCACACCGGGGAGCCUCUCUUCGCCGGGUCCAACGAGUUUGACCAGAUGAUGAAGAUCGUGGAGGUUCUGGGCAUGCCCCCCAAGCACCUCCUGGACCAGGCCCAGAAGACCCGCAAGUAUUUUGAGCUGCUCCCGGACGGAUCCUACGUGCCACGCAAGUCCAAAGACAAUAAAAAA